UCAUCUGGCUCUUUCACACUUUUACAGCUUCAGCAGAUCUCAUCAGUGGGACAGCAUUCAACACAGCAAGGUAUUCUACUUUUCAGACAUGUUGCAUUUCUUUGUGAACCCGAAAGCAAAGUCAACAUCUGAAUGAUAACCCAUCGGUAAACUCCUGCUCUGGUCUGUGAUCUCAUGUCCAAAGGGCAUGAAGGAUCCAGCAGUGCAGCAGAAAGCGCCUGUGUGGUUAUUAUUACUGCUGUAACUGACAGCGUGUCAAAGCCCAGCCAUGGUAGAGGAGAGAGGAGAACCGACACAGAGGAAAGGGAGACUCACUGCUGUCUUGGCACUUGCAACACUUGUGUCGACAUUUGGCUCGUCCUUUCAGUACGGCUAUAAUGUGGCUGUGAUCAACUCGCCUGCACCGUUCAUGCAGCAGUUCUAUAACACCACCUACCUGGAACGUUAUGGCAGGCCGAUGGAGGGGAACCUGCUGACCCUGCUGUGGUCUCUGUCCGUGUCGAUGUACCCUCUAGGAGGCUUCUUCGGCUCUCUGAUGGUGGCCCCUCUCGCCAACAAAUUAGGGAGGAAGGGCACCCUCCUCUUCAACAACAUCUUUUCCAUCAUCCCUGCUGUGAUGAUGGGAGUGAGUGAGAUCACCAAAUCCUAUGAGAUAAUCAUUGUAGCUCGGUUCAUAGUGGGGAUCUGUGCAGGUCUUUCAUCCAACGUGGUGCCUAUGUAUCUUGGCGAACUCUCUCCGAAGAAUCUGAGGGGGGCCAUUGGAAUUAUACCACAGCUGUUCAUAACUAUUGGGAUCCUCAGUGCCCAAGUUCUGGGCAUCAGAAACAUACUGGGCAACAGCACAGGUUGGACUCUAAUGCUGGGCCUAACUGGUAUUCCUGCCCUGAUGGAACUACUGCUGUUGCCCUUUUUCCCUGAGAGUCCCAGGUACAUGCUCAUCCAGAGAGGAGAUGAGGAGACUGCAAGGAAAGCGCUGCAGCGCCUGCGUGGCUGGGAGGACGUGGACAGCGAGCUGUCUGAGAUGCGUCUGGAGGACCAAUCAGAGAGGGCAGAGGGCCGUUUGACUGUACUCACCCUGCUGUCUCAGCACUCCCUUCACUGGCAGCUGGUCUCCAUCAUCAUUAUGAACAUGGGUCAGCAGCUGUCAGGGGUCAACGCGAUUUACUAUUAUGCAGACAGUAUAUACGCCACAGCAGGGGUCAAGCAGAAUGACAUCCAGUAUGUUACCGUGGGAACGGGGGCAGUGAAUGUCUUCAUGACUGUUGCUGCUGUGUUCAUCGUGGAGGGAUCAGGGAGACGCCUCCUCCUCCUGUGUGGUUUUGGGAUCUGCUGUGGAGCAUGUGCGCUCCUAACUGUAGCACUAAACUUCCAGGAGGCUGUAACAUGGAUGCCCUAUGUCAGCAUCACCUGUGUUAUCAUCUACGUUACAGGACACGCCAUCGGACCCAGUCCAAUUCCUUAUGUGGUAACCACUGAGAUGUUCAGGCAGUCAGCCAGACCUGCUGCUUUCAUGGUUGCAGGCUCCGUCCACUGGCUCUCCAAUUUCACAGUCGGACUGCUCUUCCCCUUCCUAGAGGGAGGCCUGGGCUCUUACAGUUUCAUCAUUUUUUCCGCUAUCUGUCUGGCCACACUGGUCUACAUCUGGCUGGUGGUCCCUGAGACCAAAAACAAGACUUUCUUGGAGAUCUGCCAGAUGUUUGCCAAGAGGAACAACGUGGAGAUCAAACUGGGCGAUGGAGAGAUGCCGCUGAAAGAGAGCAAAGACAGCCUGGAGGAUCAGGCAAAGGUCACGGCUUUCUGAAGGAAAAUGAGAACACUGAG